AUGACCGGUGAGACCGGAGACACUGGUGAAGUGGGUGAGGCGGGUGACGAGGGUCUGCCUGGCCCUCGCGGCUUCCCCGGACGAGAUGGUCUUCGAGGACCUCAAGGUUCGCGCGGUCCGCCCGGGUCUCCCGGAGUGAAGCGCGUAGCUAAGGAAGUCACCGGUGGUGUGGGUGUACGUGGAAUGAGAGGGCCCACAGGAAAGACCGGAGCUCCUGGUCAAAUGGGACCGAAGGGU